AUGUCAAAACUGCAAGUGAAGGCUAAACAAGGCAGCGCUGAUGCAAAGGACUCAAGCGCAGGAUGGUUUACACUUGAAGAUGCAAGGGGCAAAGCCGAUCAUAAAUUUAUAUUCGAUGUUACGGAUGCGACGAUGCACAAUAUCUCUGCUUGGGAGUCGAUCGCUUUUGAUAAGCAGGCAACACGUGCACCUCCAGUAAUGUCGGAAUGGGAUGCUACUGAAUGUGACAUGCAAUGGAUGCCCAUUGCCUCGCAUCCACUGCAGGGUGAGGAACUGAAAAAUGUCACUAGAAAUCUGAAGGCGACCGUAGCUGUGAUGCUUGUGGCCACAGGAGCAUACAGUCUCAAACCUACUUCGCAUGCGGCAGCUUGGUGGCUAUACGUCAUCACAAUCGCCAACCUGGCAAAGGACCCUAUGGAAGGUCUUCUCUUGGGUCGCGAUAUUAUUGAGCGAGCUGACGUUGUGCAGGCGGGGUCAAUCAACCAGAUGAAAGUGGAGAAGCUAAGGUUUGCUGCGUCUUCACUUUGGCAAGAAACCGUAAAAUUACUGGCAAAGAUUGCUGUUGUGAGAUGGGACUCGACAGAAAGUGCAUUGCGAAUUAUUGUAAACGAGCUUUAUCGCUCAAUGACCGCACGGCAGUUGCAGCAGGUUAUUGACACUAUCUUGACUACUUUUGCAAAAGAAGAGAAAGGUUGGGAUGCAGCGCUGCUGCUUGCCGCUUACACCUUGCGGCUUAUACCACUGCAAGCUGAGAUUGUGUGCAAGCAUUACAAUAGAAAAUCCACCGAGUUAGAACAAUGGGGAAUGUACUCCCGGUUUCAUUUCCCACCGAUGACAAGGAGCGGACUUGAAUUGAUUAAGAUCGGUCUGCAAGAGUAUGGAUACGCCUUGUUUUGGCCAGUCGGAGAGAGUUAUCUGAGUUGGGGUUAUAAACCUCGUCUAAUUCAUCAUUGGAACGCCAUUAAAAAGUGGUUUGGAAGUAGGUGGGAAUGGUUCGGCCUUCCACUUACAUCUGCCCUGCUAUCAGAUAUAGAAAAACUCCACGGCAAACGCGUUUUUGACGACCUCGGGACCGCAGAUAUUCACUUGGAUGUAGUGCGCAAUAUGCUGACUUCCCUUUUAUAUGCAAAUUACUUUCCAAACGGACUCGAGUCAACUGCUCAAAAAAUGUGCGAGGAGGUUAAUUUCGAAAUUCAGCUGAACGAAAGAGACUGCUGUUACGCCCGAUUUUGCAAAAUUGUGUCUGCCACCUAUUUCCCAUGGGCUUCAUUUCAUAACGAUGGACGCAUCACUUCGCUUAUCAUGGGAAUUUAUGCCUUCUAUAGUAAAGAUGAUGAGCCGACGCCUCCAGCAAAUGUGGAUCCGCUCUAUUACCAUACAGGGAGAUUCUAUGCCAGAGAAAAGUAUCUUUCAGACUUUUUAUUUCCUGGGGAUGGAAAUUUAUUCCUGAGGUCAUUUAAAGAACUUUGUGUUGAAGGGGAUAACAAAGUCUUGACUGCUUCUCCAUCAAUGAUCUGGGGAAAUCGACCCAGCGUAGUCAGGUCCAGCGCUGAAAUGACAGCUUUGUUAAAAGAAACGGAGGAGGACCACUUGGCGUCUCAACGGUACAAGGACGCAAUGAGGAAGGCUGUCGCUCUUCUGCAGGAAAAAGGGCGUUCCUAA